UGCACCCGCACCAGAUCACGAGUGGGAACGCCGUGCUCAACAACCCCUACAAUCGCUAGCCAUAUUAGAUCAGACCAUCCUUGAUAUAUUGAUAGCCUAUCAAACAUAUUUUGAACCUACUCGCUUCUGUCUUUUGCGACUUCACUUGGUGGGUACGAUUCAUAUUAAGAGGUGCUACUGGUUAAAGCGUUGCCAAACUCCGAACACCUGUGGCAUCUUCAGACUAAUGACAACAUCUUACUAUGAUACACCAACAUUUUGUACCUUUAAUAUACCUAGGCUAAUACACGGAGGCCUUGGUGAUCCACUGCUUGUAGAUACGAAAGCUCAUUAAACGAAACCUUCCAUUCUAUCCAGAACCACUUGAACUAUUUACUGAAGAAUAGAAUUUGCGUGGGAGAUUUAUCUUAACAAGGUCGUGCCCAAUGUUAACCCUCAUACUUUCGUUUUUAUUGUCGACAGUUUCAGCUUUAGAUAUCUCUGGUUACACGCUUGAACAUAGGUUCAGGGAGAAUGGGGCUUUCAGUCAAAUGGAUGGAACUUCGAUUAAAUCAUCAUCUGGAGUUCUAACUUUAGUUUCCGGGGGUCACAUCUUUUCAACUGAUGAAAAACAGCAGCUGCAGGAGUCUGCAAGGGCCGGGUACAUGUAUAGCGUUCGUAUGCCUGUUAAAAACGAAGAAUAUAUUGAAGCUUCGAUUCGUUCGUGCCAAAUUAUUGCCUCUAGGAUGAGAUUAAAGCUCACAGUUAGCGUUAAUGACGCCGGGGACCCAAUUGCAAUACAUAUGAGCACUCCGAAGUACGAUUGCUCAUAUGACAUUUCUGAGAGUUUUAUGAACCUCCCGGAUUUAUCUAUCAGUUUAGCAUUGCAAAAACCAAAAUUAGGACCAAGUCCUGAAACUGCAAAGUAUCUAGAGAAACUCGAGAAGCAACGCGAAGAAAUGGCUCGUGCCGAGCAAAGUGACAAUCGUUCUUUCUUUGCUAAAUAUUCAGCCAUUCCUGUCGGUGUUUCUUUAAAUCCGGGCUAUCAGACUUCAGUUCAUUUACAAGUACGUUCCGUACAAUUUACUUUUUAUCACUCUAACUGCAUUAUGAUUGAAAUUCAUCUUAUCAUUCUUUUAUUGGUUAACACUAUCUGCUCCAAACGCCCCCUCACUAUAAAAUAAGAGUUCGUUGAGUUUAUUAUCUUAAACAUAUAGAUUCACUGGCCUUUCAUCUGAAUUUCAUUUCACUGACUAUGAAUCAGCUGUUGUAGUGUUUAUACUCGACUAAUUGAUCUAAGAGUUAGGUCGACUGUAGACACCAAGAUUAUUACGUCUAGUUGAUUUUUUACCUUGUUUUACGAUCUGUGCUUAUUUACAUGAGGUCUAUAUCAGACAGUAAAAUCAACCACAACACAGACUCUAGGACCUAUAAUUGAAAUUCAGUAGAUCUAGCAAAAUACUGAGGAAAUACCAGUAGUAUAAUUCUAAAUGUGGCAGAUUUCUACAAACCGGCAGAAUAUACUUAAGUCUAGAAACAUAUUAUAAAUCAAACUUUAACCGAACUGAUUGAAGAGAUUUAGGGACAAG